GUACAGCUUGGUGAGUUUAAGAACACCUUGGUCAACCAUCGCACCCUCUCCCAGACAAAAUGGCAACCGCACUGACUCCAGAGCAGAUUACUGAGUAUAAGGGCGUGUUUGAGAUGUUUGACGAGGAGGGGAAUGGAGACGUGAAGACAGCCGAGCUGGAGAGGUUGAUGAGCCUGUUGGGGAUAAACCCCACCAAGAGAGAACUGGUUCAGAUGGCGAAGGAUGUGGACAAAGACGGCAAAGGAACCUUUAACCGUGAACGUUUCCUGAGUCUGAUGGCUCUGUAUCACGAGCGAGCGAAGAACCAGGAUGCCGAACUGCGUGCAGCAUUCAAGGUUUUCGACAAGGAGGCAAAAGGCUACAUUGACUGGGACACCCUCAAGUAUGUGCUGAUGAACGCAGGGGAGCCGCUGAAUGCCGAAGAGGCAGAGCAGAUGAUGAAAGAGGCCGAUAAGGACGGAGACGGAACCAUCGAUUACGAAGAAUUCGUGGCCAUGAUGACUGGAGACUCCUUCAAGAUGACCUAAAACCAGGCCAGAGACACCGUUUCCACAGGGCAUGGCAACUGUGAAUUUUUAUGGUUUUUUUUUUGUUUGUUUGUUUGUUUUUGGACAGCUUGCUUUUAUUUAAAAGUUGGUGCACUGGUGAAGAAAUGAAGGGGCCAAUUGUUCUCCUUGCAGUGUUCACAUUGCGCAUUUGCCUCCGAGCUGCUCAGGCGCUCAAAGUCAACAUGAUCUGGAAUGUGAUGAGGAAAACAGCCAGCCCUAUCGAAGAACUUUUUUAACAAAUUGCACAAACUGCAUUGUCUUAUGUGUUAUUCUGAAAUGUUUCGUCUGUAAUAAAUCCUAUAUCUUUA